AUGUUAUUACAAGCUAAUGCUAAUCCUCACCUGAAGACAUCACAUGAAGAAGGCGAGACGACACUAGUGCUGGCAUGUGAAAAGGAACACAAGAAUAUUAUGGAGACUUUGGUUUCUGCUGGUGCCAAUUAUAACAUUAAGGAAACUAAUAAUGUACCAGAUAUUUCUGAACUCAAUCCUGAUAUUUCAAAGAUUGAAGCUCAAAGUGUAACAAUUGAUGACAGAAAGUUAGCAUUGUACUCAAAAUGGUUGAAGAAGGCUCCUAAAGCAACAUGGGCUGAUGUGAUUAAUGCAUUGAGCAAGACAAAAGAAAACAGCAUUUUUGCACAGUAUAUUAGAGAAAACUUGCAAAAAUGUAGUUAUGCUGAUGCCACUACCAGACAAUCAUCACAGGCAGAAUUAAUGCUUGAAACAUUAACAGCAGUUUACGAAAAGGAGAUAUUGCAUGCAAUAAUUGACCUUAACAUAGAAUUCUCCAGUUUAGUAAUGCAUGUACAAUUAGGUCUUGAGGAAAAAAUUAAGAAUGAUUCUGACAUGUUACAAACAUUCACUACAUGGUUGGAGACUCACAUGCAUUGGAAUGACAAACUAACAAGUAUAUCGUUAGAUGAAAUUUUUAGAACUAUCGACCUAUUUUAUGAUUUUAUUGACUGCAGUCUGAUAGUGGAAAUGAGUGAUAUUUUCCUACAAGAUUUCAAAUUUGGUGUCAAGGAGUUAAGUAUUGUUAGCGAAUUAAAAACUUACAAGAUCAGAGCAGACGAACUUCAACUUUCAGCUCAAGUAGAAGACCUUCAUGAGUCAUUACCAAUAAUAUAUCAAGGACACAUACCAGAUACAUCAAAUAUGCGAAUGAUUUCAAUAAAGCUUCAUAAUCAAUGGGAAAGUAGCAAAAUGAAUGGACUCUCUCUACUGAUCCAUAACUUACUCCCAGUUGGACAUCAGCAGUCAAUAAUGAAAUAUAUUACAAUAUGUAUAACUUCUGAAUAUGUCAACCUUGAAUAUUUUGUACAUGGUUACACAACUGACAGUCUAAUAGAUUAUACAAGAAAGAAGUUGCAGUUUAUGCAUCUCAUUGGCAUAUUUAGUUUAUACAUUAAUGAUCAUCCUGUCUUUCAAGAAGAUGAGAAUAUGAACUUCACCUUUGAACUAGCUCUUGUUAAUGCAGUCACAGCUGGCAAUAAUGAAGCAGUAGAGCUUCUCCUUCAACUAGGUUGUAUUGAUGAUACUAAUAAAGAAGGAGAGACAGCACUGAUGUUAGCUUGUAAAAGAGGACACGAGGACACAGUACACAGUUUACUGUCUGCUGGAGCUAAUGUUGACAUUGAGGACAAUAAAGGAUGGACUGCACUAAUGAUAGCAAAUGAACAUAAUCACAUUUCAAUCAUUCACAUGUUACUACAAGCUAAUGCUAAUCCUCACCUGAAGACAUCAGAUAGAUCAAAUGCUGUAAUGAUUGCUAGUUACCAUGGUAACUAUGAGAUUGUUGAGCUAUUGAUUAGUAAAAGAGUUGAUUAUAAUUGUCAACGAGAAGAUGGAGCAAAUGCUUUUAUGUUGGCUUGUAAAAGUGGUCACACUCAAAUAGUUAAAUUUUUGCU